UCCCCUCCCCACCCCCGCCGGCCCCGCCCCCUCCGAGCAUCGCCGGGACCGGAGCGGCCGCGGGUCCUGCACAGCCCCCCCAUGAAGGGCGAGCCCCCCCCCAGCAGCACCCUGAGCGUGGGCCAGGCCCGGAAAAUGGUGGAGCAGCUGAAGAUCGAGGCCAGCCUCUGCCGGGUCAAGGUGUCCAAGGCAGCCGCAGAACUCCUGAGUUACUGCGAGGCUCACGCCUGCGAGGAUCCCCUGCUCACCCCCGUCCCCACCUCUGAAAAUCCCUUCCGCGAGAAGAAAUUCUUCUGCGCCCUCCUCUGAUCCCCCUCGACAUUUUGGGGGACCCCUCCUCAAUUUUCAGGCCACCCCCAUAAAAAAUUAGGGCCGAUUUCACCCCGGGAAUGAGGCGGAGAUGAGGGGGGUGGGGACAAUUUGGGGGUUUUUGGGUCCACCCAGAGCUGGGAACUCCCCCCUAAAUUUGGGACCCUCCCCAAAAAAAAGCCUUGGGGGGAUCCCAGCUCAGAAGUGGGGGGGGUUUGAGGGCUUCAAGGCUGGACUCAGGGAAGGUUCUGGAAUAGGGGAAGGGGGAGAGUCCCCCUCUAAAAUCACCCCAGGGUUCCCCUCCCCCAUCGGUCCCCUCCUCAAAAUGGGGACCCCCCUCAAACUUCGGGACACACCCAAAAAUUAAUCUCUCACCUCUCCCCAUGACAAAUUCUGGGGGUUCCCCUCCCUCAGCACCAACCCCCACCCAAAUUUCGGCUCUAAGGGACCCCCUGGGGGGUUAAAGGGAGGGUUCCCCCAAUUUCGGGGUGUUCCCCCCCCCAAAUAAACACUUGGCGGCACA